AUGGCGGCGCCUUGCCAUCGUGGCUCACCAGUGGCAGUACUGGCCGUGGCAGCAACACUUCUCGUCUCACUCUGCCUCAGACCCGGCGCCGCGCAGCAGGGAGAAGACAAAGGAGGCGAGGAGGAAGCCCAGAGGCAGCAGAGGUACAACUUCCGGUUCGUGCGCCACGCGCGGGACGCGCCCCUGGUGUCCCACUUCAACUACAUCGUCGUCGGCGGCGGCACGGCGGGGUGCCCGCUGGCGGCGACGCUGUCGGAGCACUCGCGCGUGCUCCUCCUGGAGCGCGGCGGCUACCCGUACGGCAACCGCAACGUUUCCAGCGAGUACCACUUCGCGGACGCGCUGGCGGACACGUCGCCGCGCUCCCCCGCGCAGCGGUUCGUGUCCGAGGACGGCGUGGUGAACGCCAGGGCGCGGGUGCUCGGCGGCGGGAGCUGCCUCAACGCCGGGUUCUACACGCGCGCCAGCGGCGAGUACGUGCGCGCCGCCGGGUGGGACGCGCGGUUGGUGAACGCGUCGUACCGGUGGGUGGAGAAGGAGCUGGUGUUCCGCCCCGACGUGCCCAAGUGGCAGUGCGCGCUCCGGGAAGGGCUCCUCCAGGCCGGCGUGACCCCGGACAAUGGGUACACGUUCGACCACGUCCCUGGCACCAAGAUCGGCGGCACCAUCUUCGACAGCACCGGCCGCCGCCACACCGCCGCCGACUUCCUCCGCACCGCCAACCCCAGGCGCCUCACCGUGUUCCUCCACGCCACCGUGUCACAGAUCCUCUUCCGCCACAGAGAGGGUUCGGCGAAGCCGGUGGCGUACGGGGUGGUGUUCACGGACCCGAUGGGGGUGCAGCACCGCGUGUACCUGCGGGGCGGCGGGAAGAGCGAGGUGAUCCUGGCGGCGGGGACGCUGGGGAGCCCGCAGCUGCUGAUGCUGAGCGGCGUCGGCCCGCGGGGCCAGCUGGAGAAGCACGGCAUCCGCACCGUCAUGGACCACCCGAUGGUCGGGCAGGGCGUCGCCGACAACCCCAUGAACUCGGUGUUCGUCCCGUCGCCCGUCCCCGUCACGCUCUCCCUCGUCCAGAUCGUCGGCGUCACCCGCUUCGGCAGCUUCAUCGAGGGCGUCAGCGGCUCACAGUUCGGCAUCCCCCUCCACGCCCGCGGCGUCCGCCGCCGCUCGCACAGCUUCGGCAUGUUCUCCCCCAUGACGGGGCAGCUGGGGACGCUGCCGCCGAGCGAGAGGACGCCGGAGGCGAUGCGGCGGGCGGCGGACGCGAUGCGUGCGCUGGACAGGAGAGCGUUCCGGGGCGGCUUCAUCCUGGAGAAGAUCCUGGGCCCGCUCUCGACGGGGCACAUCGAGCUGCGGUCGACGGACCCGCGCGCCAACCCGGCGGUGACGUUCAACUACUUCAAGGACCCCAAGGACGUGGAGCGGUGCGUGCGCGGGAUCGAGACCAUCGAGCGGGUGGUGCGGUCGCGGGCAUUCUCCCGGUUCACCUACGCCAACGCCACCGCCAUGGACGCCGCCUUCGACCGCGCCAAGCUCGCCAACUUCCUCAACCUGCUGCCGCGGCACCCCAGGGACACCAGGCCGCUGCAGCAGUACUGCAGGGACACGGUGAUGACCAUCUGGCACUACCACGGCGGCUGCCACGUCGGGCCCGUCGUCGACCAGGACUACCGGGUCAUCGGCGUCGAGGGGCUCCGCGUCGUCGACAGCUCCACCUUCAAGUACUCCCCCGGCACCAACCCGCAGGCCACCGUCAUGAUGCUCGGCAGAUACAUGGGCCUAAAAAUUCAGACGGAGGCGUUGACAGGGAAAUGA